AUGAUGAACGAUCCUGUGACUCGUAUUCUAUUGCAAAGCGAGGAUGGUAUUAUUUUGGAAAUACCACCAGAAGAGGAUGAGACACAAACCACAACAGUAACAAGUGCGACUGCAUACUUAUUGCCUCGGCCCAAAUCCUACAUGCAAGGAGCACAUUCAAUGGAUUAUUUGAGUGUGACUGAUCACCCGAUGCAUUCUGAUAAAAAUGGACACCGAUCACAAUCCGUACCAAGACGGAUGAGUAAGGAUGGUCGACAAAUCCGUAAAAGUUGGCUGUCUCGAGCACAUCAGUCGCUAUCCAGACUUAGCGCCGACCGACGUUUGACAACUAGUUCACGAGGUAUCAUUAUCAACGUUCUGUGUUCGCACUAA